UUCGCUUUCCUCGGCGCCUCCUUUCUAGGCGCCAUGUCCACCACCGCCAACCCCUUCUUCACUCCACCCGAAGUCCACAAACAAGCCAAAUCCUCCGGCGCAAAGCUUGUCAUCACCGAAUCUUCACACGUUCAUAAAGUUCAGGAUUUGGGCAUGGAUAUCGUCGUAAUCGACGAGCCUGUCCCCGCUGGCUGCCAUAGCUUUGCGGAGCUCCUUUCGGCGGAUGAGAAUGAGAUUCCAAAAGUGGAUAUAAAACCAGACGAUGCGGUGGCGCUGCCUUACUCUUCUGGAACAACGGGAUUGCCCAAAGGUGUCAUGCUGACGCAUAGAUCGUUAGUGACGAGCGUGGCCCAACAGGUGGAUGGAGAGAACCCAAACCUGUAUUUUGAUAAGGAAGAUGUUCUGCUCUGCGUGCUUCCCCUGUUUCAUAUAUAUUCGCUU